GCGCCUCAGUGACAGCCGCCUCCGCCCUCGCCCUGCUGCUGCUGCUGCUUGUGGUUCUUCUUCCCGAGGGCGGCCGACCCGGCGCCGCGGCCUGUGAGGCGCUUCCAGGGAGGCGGGCGAUGCGGCCGAGCGGCCCGCCGUGAGGGAGGAGCGGCCCUGGCGCAGCGCCAUGCGGCGGGGCCCGGAGCGGCCUGGCGGGAGCCUGAGCAGCGCGGUCUUGGGCGGCACUCAGAACCCCGGCAGCGGAGGAGGCGAGGGCGGCGGAGGCGGAGGCGAAGGCGGCCCGAGCGGCGAGAGCAGGUCCGGCCCGCGCUGAGAGCCGCUGCCUAGGGAGAAGGGCCGCGGCCAUGGCCUCCUCGUCGUCGCCGCCGUCGGGCUCGUCGGCGCACCAGCAGCUCCUCCAGCAGCAGCAGCAGCCUCAGCCUCAGCGGCGCCGGCGGAGCACCGAGGUGAGCUGCGACUCGAGCGGCAGCGGCAGCGUCACGGUGAGGAUCUGCGCCCGGAGCCCCCCGGGGGCCCAGCCGGCCAAGGCCAGCAUCUCUUCCUCCAGCGGCAGCAGCUCGGGAGACGCAGUGGCGGCGGCAGCGGUCAGGAGGGCCCAGGCGGCGGCGGCCGGAGGAAGAGGCGGCCGGGGCAAGAAGAAGAGGGACAAGGGCGGCGGCGGCGGCGGCGGGUUCGGCCUGGGCUUGGGCCUGGGCCUGGGCCUGGGCUCCCGGCGCCGCUCGACGCGGCUCCCGCAGCUGUUCGAGCGCGCCUCGGCGCAGUGGUGGAACCCCACGUUCGACUCGAGCAACCUGGAGGAGGCCUGCCGGGAGCGCUGCUUCCCGCAGACGCGGCGCCGCUUCCGCUACGCGCUCUCGUACCUGGGCGCGGCGGGGCUGCUGUGGGGCGGCUACUUCGCGCUGCGGCUGGGCCCCCCCGGCGGAGGGCGGCGGCAGCAGGCCCCCUUCGUGGCGCCCGCGCUGGCCUUCCUGGCCGCCUGCCUCGCCUUCUUCGCCUUCACCUUCACGCGCGCCUACGGGCGCCACCCGGCGCGCACCUCGCUGGCCCUCGUGCUGCUCGUCUUCGCCAUCACGCUGGCGCCGCAGCUGCAGGCGCUGGGACCCCCGGCGGCGGCGGAGGGCCGGGACGACUGGGGGGGUCCCGUCGGGCCCUCGCCGCCGUCGGGGCCCUGCCUGUCGCAGGUGGGCAGCUUCUCCAUGUGCAUCGAGGUGCUGCUGCUGCUCUACACCGUCAUGCACCUGCCCCUCUACCUGAGCUUCUUGCUGGGCCUCUCCUACUCGGUCCUCUUCGAGACCUUCGGCUACUACUUCCGCGAGGAGAGCUGCUUCUCGCCCUUCGGGGAGCGCCUCCUGGCCUGGGACCUGCUCAGCAAGGCCCUGCUGCACGUGUGCAUCCACGCCACCGGCAUCCACCUCUUCAUCAUGUCCGAAGUCCGGUCCAGAAGCACCUUCCUGAAAGUGGGGCAAUCCAUCAUGCACGGCAAAGACCUGGAGGUGGAAAAGGCCCUCAAGGAGAGGAUGAUCCAUUCGGUCAUGCCCAGGAUUAUUGCCGACGACCUGAUGAAGCAGGGGGACGACGAAAGCGAGAACUCCGUGAAGCGCCACUCCACCUCCAGCCCCAAAAACAAAAAGAAAAAGCCUUCUAUACAGAAGAACCCCAUCAUAUUCCGUCCUUUUAAAAUGCAGCAGAUAGAACAAGUCAGUAUUUUGUUUGCAGAUAUUGUGGGCUUCACAAAAAUGAGUGCCAACAAAUCUGCGCAUGCCCUGGUGGGACUCUUGAACGAUCUCUUUGGUCGCUUUGACCGCCUGUGCGAGGACACAAAAUGUGAGAAGAUAAGCACUUUGGGGGACUGUUACUACUGUGUGGCAGGGUGCCCUGAGCCCCGAGAGGACCAUGCUUAUUGCUGCAUCGAGAUGGGGCUGGGCAUGAUUAAAGCCAUUGAGCAGUUUUGUCAGGAGAAGAAAGAGAUGGUGAACAUGAGGGUUGGUGUUCACACUGGGACGGUCCUGUGUGGCAUUCUGGGGAUGAGAAGGUUCAAGUUCGAUGUGUGGUCCAAUGAUGUCAACUUGGCCAACCUUAUGGAGCAACUGGGCGUGGCAGGAAAGGUCCAUAUUUCAGAAGCGACUGCAAAAUACUUAGAUGACCGCUAUGAAAUGGAGGAUGGAAAGGUGACUGAGCGUGUUGGUCAGAGUGUGGUUGUAGACCAGCUUAAAGGUUUGAAAACAUACCUGAUUUCUGGUUUGAAAGUGAAGGAGCCCCACUGCAGCUGCUCACAGAUGCUGCUUCCAGGUCUAGAAGCAGGAGACAGAAGCAAGUUACAGGGAACCUCAUCAGCAGAGAAUGUUGGCAACUUAGCAAAAGGUUUCAGACAGUUGGAAAAAAACAAGACAUGCCCUUCAUGUAAUACUACGUUGGCAUCUGCUUCUGCUGCAAGUAUAGAGGAAGGAGCUAUCCAAAAUGGGGGCCAGGAUGAACAUAAAAACAGCACAAAGGGCCCUGGAGGAUGCAGUCCAAAGUCCCAGAAUGGUCUUCUAAGUCCUCCACAAGAGGAGAAACUGAGCAACAGCCAAACGUCCCUUUAUGAAAUGUUGCAGGAGAAAGGAAGAUGGGUUGGCGUGAGCUUGGAUCAGUCACCACUUCUGCCACUGCGCUUCAAAAACAUCAGGGAGAAAACGGACGCUCAUUUUGUUGACGUGAUAAAAGAAGACAGCUUGAUGAAAGACUAUUUUUUUAAGCCGCCCAUUAACAGACUGAGUCUGAACUUCCUGGAUCAGGAAUUGGAGAUGAACUAUAGGAGCAGCUAUCAAGAAGAGGUUAUGAGGAACACCCCCGUGAAGACCUUCGCCAGUGCUACCUUUAGUUCACUUCUGGAUGUUUUGCUGUCCACAACAGUCUUCCUCAUCCUCUCUGUCACCUGCUUCCUGAAACAUGGGAUGGCUGCAACUCCUCCGCCACCUGCAGCAGUGGUUGUGGUGGUCAUUGCCAUCCUGCUAGAGGUGCUGUCCCUUAUCGUCUCCAUUAGAAUGGUGUUCUUUCUGGAGGACGUAAUGGCUUGCACGAAGCGGCUGUUGGAGGGGAUUGCCGGCUGGUUGCCACGACACUUCAUUGGUGCCGUUUGGAUCUCCCUCCCCGCUGUCGCAGUCUUCUCACACUUCAGCUUGGAAUUUGAAACAAACAUUUAUUAUGCCAUGUUUAUGUGUUCUGCAAUUCUCAUCACUAUUGUCCAGUACUGUAACUUCUGCCAGCUCAGCUCCUGGAUGAGAUCAUCUCUGGCUACUCUUGUUGGAGGAGUCUUGCUAGUUUUGCUGUGGGUGCCUCUCUGCCCUGGCAGCUCUGUGGAGGAAUCAUAUAUUGAAUCAGUAAAGAACUUUAGUUUAAGCUCCAUGGAAAUCUUCAACUCUACACAGAACAUCAGCUCCACAGAAAUCUCCCAUCUUCAGUCAGAACAGAACUAUAGCUCCAUAAGGAAUCCAUGCUACCGAUCGACCUUGGGAGACUUCAGGAGGCCAGCAGACCUUAUUGGCCACGAAGUGAUUCUGGGCUUCUUCCUCCUCCUCCUCCUGGUUUGGUUCUUAAACCGUGAGUUUGAAGUGAGCUACCGCCUGCAUUACCAUGGGGACGUGGAAGCCGACCUUCACCGCACCAAGAUCCAGAGCAUGAGGGACCAGGCGGACUGGCUGCUGCGGAAUAUCAUUCCGUACCACGUGGCGGAGCAGCUGAAAGUCUCGCAGAGCUACUCCAAAAACCACGACAGUGGCGGCGUGAUCUUUGCCAGCAUCGUGAACUUCAGUGAGUUCUAUGAGGAGAACUAUGAAGGAGGCAAGGAGUGUUACCGAGUCCUGAACGAACUGAUCGGGGACUUUGACGAGCUGCUGAGCAAGUCUGACUACAGCAACAUCGAGAAGAUCAAAACCAUCGGAGCCACGUAUAUGGCCGCCUCUGGCCUGAACACGUCCCAGUGCCAAGACAGCAACAGCCCGCACGGCCACUUGCAAACCCUCUUCGAAUUUGCCAAAGAAAUGAUGCGAGUGGUGGAUGACUUUAACAACAACAUGCUGUGGUUCAAUUUCAAGCUACGGAUUGGCUUCAACCACGGCCCCUUGACUGCCGGGGUCAUUGGCACCACCAAGCUCCUGUAUGACAUUUGGGGUGACACUGUGAACAUCGCCAGCAGGAUGGACACGACCGGAGUGGAGUGUCGCAUCCAGGUGAGUGAGGAGAGCUACCGCAUCCUGAACAAAAUGGGGUAUGACUUUGAUUACAGGGGGACGGUGAAUGUGAAGGGCAAAGGGCAGAUGAAGACCUUCCUGUACCCCAAGUGCAUGGACAACGGGAUCGUCCCCCACCACCAGCUAUCUAUAUCUCCAGACAUCCGUGUUCAAGUGGAUGGCAGCAUUGGGCGGUCUCCGACGGACGAGAUCACCAACCUGGUGCCUUCUGUACAGAAUUUGGACAAGAUGCCCCACGUCUCGGACCAUAAUUUGGAGCUCAAGGGCGGGCUCUCCUGUUUCAAGAAUCUCCCAAAAGAGACAGUGAAGCCAGAGGAUGGGCGGAGGUUUGGUAAGUCUGUUGAGAAAAACGACUGCAAAGAAGCAGGUCCCGGUGAGACCAGUGAGCUGACGAAGCUGAAUAACUCGCAGAGCGUAUGACGCGCUGGAGAGCUGUGUGGUCUGCUCUGUCUGCAAGAGCGCAGGUGCUCUCGGCAGGCUGUGUUCUCCUGGAGGAGGGGGCAGGAGAGGGAGGGGCUGGGCGGCUCUGUCAUCUGACUUCACUUUGGCAACGGGAUCCGAGGGGGUCACUGGUGUGCCAGGGCUUGUGUGCCUCUCUCACCCCCCAGGUCCCCUUGGAGCAGUCUUUCAGCUGAGAUGAGACAUCAAGUGCCUUCCGAUAGACUCCGCUGGACUCCUUGUCUAGGAACAGAGGCACAAAGUUGACCAUAUGUUCAAUGGAUAAGCCGUGGUUAUAUCAUUUUUAUUGUUUCUCACUGGCACUGCUAUUUUGUUUUUGUUUUGCCUAUUGCAGCCCAUAUUCAUGUUAAGCCUUUUGUAUGUAAACACAGACAAAUGCAUGUUUACCUGACUGACACAAACAGCCACUAAGGGAAGAUGAUGUGAGGCAAGAGUGGAGGAGGAGGAGGAGGAGGAGGAGGAGCAGGGGGCUUGCCUUGGCAGUCCAGCACUUACCUGAAGUGACCCGUGGGCUGCUCUGUUUGCCAUAAUCAGGCUCAAGUGCCCUUGUGUGUUCUGGGACAUGUGGCCUCUUGCCAUUCACCCCACAGGCCUCUGCCGUGUGGGGAUUGGCGCUGGCUGCACAGUGCUCCAGCGACAAAAGCGUGGCCAAUCUCAGCCUCAGGUGUUUCGCUUCUGACCUCUGCCAGGAGCGACUUCUGAGCAUUUGGGUGAAACUGUUUUCUCUAAAUCUGGUCAGGCCUAAGAGAAAGAACUAAUAAAUGAUAGGGGGGUUUCUCCCUUCCUUUUUAUUCCUCCCUUCCCCCUUAAUUCUGUAUUUGUGGGGACAGUAGGGAUUGUAAGCAGUGGUGCCGAUUGUAAGGCAGGUGCCAAUUUAGCGUGUCUGCAUACUCAGUCCAGCCUUUCUUUAGGCACAGUGGGUGCCAACAGCACUCAAGUUGUCAGAGGUGGCUGACUCAGCAGGGUUGGGGCACAUAUUUUGCCCUUCUUGUGCAUGUCCUUUGUGGGAGUUGGAAUGAGAAGUCUGUUCAGAGCUGAAAAGCACAAGAGUAGAGAGAUCAUAAGCCUUCAGUGCUUUAUUGUGUGGAUUCAGUCAGAAUGAACUCCCUUUGACAUUAUUUUUUUGCAUUUUCACUCCUGUUGUAUUAUUGAAUGAAGAGUCAAACGUGUUUGACACUAAAUGCUGCCAAAUUUUGUGAUUCACCUAAAGGUGAUGUAGCCAAGCAUAAAUCUGUCCCACAAAUACACAUGCAGAAUAAAGUAGGGGCUGUUCUACAUUUUUUCAGGUUUAGAAGAUGUGAAAACGGUUAAAGUACUUUAGGGUUAGAAAGUUUGUUGUUCCAUAGAACACUUCCUUUUGCACUUUCUUAUCCUGCAACCUAAAUUGGUCCAGUAAAAACCUUGCAUCUCCUGUGUUCUGACCUUUGGAGUGAAAUGGACAACUGUGACCAUUCUCAUCAGCUGGUCGCUUCUGUUAUUUGGUUGACAUGCUAAUCUUCUUUAAAACUAAAUCCAGAAUCUCUUUUGGCUCAGUUGUUAAGAGCAUCCCUGGAAUUUUUUUUUAUCCUAAAGGGGCUUUUGCUUGAUAUCACAUAGAAGACUUUUUCUGUGGGCCACUUUCUCUUCUGUAUGUCUCACAUUCCGACAACCACACUGAGCAGCAUUGUAAUAUGUGCAUCUUUCGAUAAAAGCCUUUGGGGGCUGAACCAACAUGGGGGUAGUGAAUUUCUGGAGCAGGCUGGGUCCCGGAAGACAGAGCUGCACCGUUAAAACAAUCUUAUUUUCUUCAGCCCCAAGUACUGUACUAGCCUCCGCUGUGGCUGCAAUCCUAAGCACAUUUACUAGGUUGUAACUCCAGCGUAUGCAGUGGACUUAAUUGUGAAUAAAAUGCUUUGGAGGAGGCUUUCCAGAAGAUUAGUAUUUUGUAAACUUCUCUUGCCUCAGUCAAAUCAAAGAAACUUUCGAAGGUAAUUGCCAGGAUUCUAGCUACUGGUUUCUCAACUGAACUCCUGUUUCCCCCAUGGCUGAGCUGAUUUAGUCCCAAGAUGUUGCCAGGCCACCUGCAGCAUACAGAACAGAGCUGGGGUUCAACAAGAGCUAAAAGUCAGAAGAGGAAAGUUUAAGGACGCUGAUAAUCACCAGCAAGGAUGAUGGCUUGUGGUGGAUCUGGCCCUGUGAGCAUGAGAGGCUUUGGGGCCAGCUGUCUUAAUGUGUGACCUGCUUCUCUCAGUUGUGAGAAUUGUUGGAAACUUCUAGAUUUCUAGCCACAAGGAAUUUGGCUAUUUACUUUUGUAAAAAGACUGCAAUAGAGGCGGGAAGAGCAGCAUUACCCUGGCUUGGGGGAAUGUUCCUAAGACCAGCUCUUUGCAGUGUAAAAAUGCUCAAAUGGUUGGAGUCUUUUAUUUAAUUUUCUUUAUUUGUGUAGGUGCUUCAGGCCCUUGGCAAAUGUGUCUUGCUCUCUGCCAGGCAGGUGAUGUCUUCAGUCAUGGGACAGGGGUUGGCUUGCUCUUUCCCUGGCCAGGCCGAUGAAAGGUGUUUUCAGAAGGCUCUGAUUGGUGUCUGCUUAAUCCUGGAUGCUGAAAUAGCAACAUCUCAGCUGCUCUUUGUGUGAAUUCAUGGGCUGCUCUCAACAACAGGGUUACCUGCAGUGGGACGUUGCCUGCAAAGCACCUUGCAUAUCAUUGCUACUUACACAGAGGUAGCAGGGAGCUCUUCUACUGCUUGCCUGUGGAACGGUCCCCGAAGGCUUGUUGCCUGUACUUUAGGCCUUGGCGGGUGCAGGGGUGAGGAACCUGAAGGAGCCCUCCAGAUGUUGCUAGACUCCAGUUCCCACCACCCCUGCGCAUCGGCCAUGCUGGUUGCUGGGGCGCAGGGAAUCCCAGCAGCAGCUGGAGGGCCACCGGUUCGUCACACCAUGCCUAAAAUUAUAGCAAUAAAACUGGAGCGCUACGUUGGUAGCAAUAAUGCAAGAUGAUAAAUACACAAGCCUGGUGAGGUGUAUUGCAAGUAGUGACAUGCAAAGGAGGCAGUUGUUCUUUUGAAGAGCAGGCUGGACAUGAGGCAGGGGUGUCGAUUUUAGGUUUUUUCCAGCAGAAGCCUUAUUUCCAGGGCUCUGGAACUAACGAUGCUAAUUAACUUGGCACUAAAGUGGCCUUGAUCACACCACAAACAGUUAUUUUUGCUAGAGUUGGGAUGGGAAGUCGGGUGGCGGAAGGAAAUAUUGGAGGGCGAAGGCAGGGGGAGGCGAGGUUUGCAGAAGCCUUGGUCUUCUGCUGCCAACUUUUUGGCAACAAAGUUUUGGGCUACACGAGAAAGUGCCCCAAAUCAAGCAAGUUCUGUCCUGCUGUGCUCCAAGGUCUCUGAAAGCAGUAAAUGAGGCUUUUUAUUCAACUGCACUCAUUGAGGCCUGCUUCAGUCCUACAGAAAUCAAGGAAACAAAGCACCUUUUAAGGACUAAAUAACUACUUAAUUAUUUAGAACUUACUCUCCCUCAUGUGCUGACUAUAUAUAAAUAGAAACAAUGCACUUGACUUCUUUUCCAAAGGCUCUUUUAACUUGUCACUGGAGGCUUGUUGCCAUUUGGCUUCCUAGCAGAGCCACAUGAUGAGAAGGGUGGCUUCCCUUUUUCUUCCACAGGAGCUGGAGGGGCAUCUCUGAGGGCUGGGUGUGCAAGGUGGAGGAAAUGCGCCUGUGUGACUUUGGCCGCUCUUAGGAGCCCCACCCUCUCUUUGCCCCUCCUGUGAACUGAAAGGCAGUGACCACCAGCCCCUCCUCCUGCAUCUGCCCCACAGAGAGGCAGCAUUCUUGGCGCUUAUUCCCACUCAGGUCCAAUUGGUGGGAGGAGGAGGAGCUCUUGGUGUCCUGCUGAGAGAGUCCCACAAAGCUCUUUACUGCCUCUUCUCUGUUCUCUCCUCCCCCCCCCCAUCCCACGCUCCUAAUGCCUAUAUCCCUAAUGCAAUAUGCCCUGCCCACUUACCUGGGGAGAAGCAUCAUAAAGCAGAAAGCAUUUCUUUUUGGCACUUCCUGGGUCUCCAAGGCAAUAGCUUCUCCUCUUAGAAACAAGCCUAAGGCUAGCGUAUCUCGCUUGUAAAUCCUGGUUGGUUUAUGAACCGCAGCUGCACUCCUGCCUUCCUCUGUCUGACUUCAGCCGCGCUCCCCGCCGGCAGGCCAGCAUCCUGCUUCUGCAGUAGCCAUAGCCAAACAUGACUUCCUGGAAAUAUUGCAGCAAUGUAAACCAAGGGCUCCAAAGCAUCCCUUUGGGGCAGCAGCUUUUUUAGGUUGUUGCCUCACUGUCACGAGGACAAACAGAAGUAAUAAGAAGCCCAAAGCCUUAACAAGAUGGGGGAGGCGGACUCCACCUCAACAAGCACAGUAGGAGGCCUGUGGCGUUGUGUCCGCAGGACGACUCCUUCUGCCUCUGUCAAGGGUGCCCCUUCCUUUAGGUGCUGAAGGCUUUGGUCCAGUUCCAGGGCCACGGAGGAGGCUGCGUGCUCCCCUCUUCCCACCCUCCAGUUGCUGCCAUGGAGAGGGAGCCUGGCUCUUCACUUCUCAGGACCUGAUGACUUAAAGCCAACUCCUUAUUUUGAUGGCAAUACCAUUCAGAAACUCUUAACUGGUGGCCUGGGCUUUACAUACUUGCAAAGAGCCGCUGGAAAGAAUUGGUCCUGUGCCUUGGUCAGGUGCCGACUGAGCAGUUUGACUUGGAAGCAGCUUUGAGGGUCCACGGCCUCCUCUGACUCUCCCUUCCUGGCUGACGCAAAGCAACCCUUUUGUUUCUUUAGCCCUCGGUGGGGAGGCUGGAGAGAAGCCUUCUGUCGGGGCUGAUCCUUUAGAGCCUGACUUUCCCUUCUCAGAACGCUCCUCCUCGUGGAGAACGAGAGUCCUCUGCAAACCAUCCAAGAAGGUUCAAACUGGUGUUCUUCACCAGCAGUAUCUACAGGGUUGUUUUAGACAUGUAUGGUUGUAUUUUAAGGUGUAUUUAUAUUUUUAUUUGGUUUUGAGAUAAUGCUGUUACUGGCCCUGAGGCUUUAUGUUGAAUAAACUACCAGUUACUGGGGUGGUGGAAGGAGGGUGCCAGCCUUUAGGCAGCCUAUGCAACACUAAUUCAGUAUUUGAUAUGCACAAACGAGCCUCUCCUAAUUUUCAUCAUUUUAGCCUGGUGUGCUGAGAAACUUGGGAGAGGCAAAAGAUGAAAGCAACUUGAAACUCCUUUCAUUUUGUAAAAAAAAAAACACCCCACAGUAUUGGUCCUGGUCUGCCUUGAAGAAGGGCUUUCCUGGAAUAUUGCCUCCAUGCAGUAUUGGUGUCAAUGGAAAAUGCCCCAAAUUCUGUACUUGCGGGCGUAGGUGUGAGCAGAAAACCAUCCAGCUUUCUCUUCCUUUUUCUGCGUUCACUACUCUGGUUGACAUUGUCUUGCCCUCCCUGCAGAAAGGAAGAGCAGGCCCCUCCUCUCACCAGGUGAGGAGGAGAAGGCAGUGGCUUCACAGAGUUUUGCUUGCUGGAAGUGCCGAAGGCCAUCCUUCACUACAGUAGCUUAACUGUAAAUAGCCUGCAUACGUCUGGCUCUAAAGACACACACAAACAAAACUAUGUGUGAAAUACUAUACUGUAUGUAUAUAGAAGGUAAAUAUACACAUUCACUUUGACUUGUUACUGCAGAUCUGUAAUCAAUUGUAUAUUAAACGGUUUUCCUGUA